GGUCGAGCAGCAAGAUGGCGGACGCUCUGGACGAAUUUGAGAAAGAAGCUGGAUGCGUCCCGAUUCUUCAUCCCGAGGAAAUUAAAUCUCAGAGUCACUAUAACCAUGGCUACAGCGAGAGCGUUAGCCGCAAGAGUAAUGUGGACGACUACAGCACUUGGGACAUUGUCAAAGCCACCCAGUAUGGCAUUUUCGAGCGGUGUCGUGAGCUGGUGGAGGCCGGAUAUGAUGUGCGUCAGCCUGAUAAAGAAAACGUCACACUUCUACAUUGGGCGGCGAUCAACAACCGCGUAGACCUGGUCAAAUAUUACAUAUCUAAAGGGGGUGUAGUGGAUCAGCUGGGAGGAGAUCUGAACUCCACACCGCUGCACUGGGCUACAAGACAGGGGCAUCUGUCUAUGGUGGUGCAGUUAAUGAAAUACGGGGCGGAUCCAUCUCUUAUCGACGGGGAGGGCUGUAGCUGUGUGCAUCUGGCCGCUCAGUUUGGACAUACUUCGAUUGUGGCCUACCUCAUUGCUAAGGGACAGGAUGUGGAUAUGAUGGAUCAGAAUGGAAUGACCCCUUUGAUGUGGGCAGCGUAUCGGACACACAGCGUUGACCCGACGCGUCUGUUGCUGACGUUUAACGUGUCUGUGAAUCUGGGUGAUAAGUAUCAUAAGAACACAGCUCUGCACUGGGCCGUUCUGGCAGGAAACACCACCGUCAUCAGUCUGCUGCUGGAGGCCAAUUCUAAUGUCGAUUCACAAAACAUAAAGGGCGAAACGCCGCUGGAUUUGGCCAAACAGAGGAAAAACGUGUGGAUGACAAAUCACCUGCAGGAGGCCAGACAAGCCAAAGGUUACGACAGCCCAUCGUACCUGAAACGACUCAAGAUGGACAAGGAGUUCAGGCAGAAGGUGAUGUUGGGAACUCCAUUCCUCGUGAUUUGGUUGGUGGGAUUCAUCGCUGAUCUAGACAUCGACUCUUGGCUCAUAAAGGGUGGGAUGUAUGUAGCUAUGUGGCUUGUUGUGCAGUUCCUCUCCAAGUCAUUUUUUGAUCACUCCAUGCAUAGUGCUCUUCCUCUGGGCAUCUAUCUGGCCACUAAGUUCUGGAUGUACAUCACCUGGUUUUAUUGGUUUUGGAACGUUCUCCCAUUCGUCACCGUUCACCUGCCCUUCCUGCUCAACAGUCUCGCUCUCUUCUACAACUUCGGCAAGUCCUGGAAGUCUGACCCUGGCAUUAUCAAAGCGUCUGAGGAGCAGAAGAAGAAGACUAUUGUUGAGUUGGCAGAAACAGGCUGUCUGGAUCUCAGUAUAUUCUGCAGCACCUGUUUGAUACGAAAGCCAAUCAGAUCGAAACACUGCGCUGUGUGCAAUCGAUGCAUCGCCAAGUUUGAUCAUCACUGCCCCUGGGUGGGCAACUGUGUAGGAAGUGGAAACCAUCGUUACUUCAUAGGCUACUUAUUCUUCCUGUUGUGUAUGAUCUGUUGGAUGAUAUACGGCUGUAUUUGCUAUUGGAGUAUUCACUGUCCUACGAGCUACACUAAAGAUGGCUUUUGGAUGUACAUCACUCAGAUCGCCACCUGCUCGCCGUGGAUGUUCUGGAUGUUUCUCAACAGCGUGUUUCACUUCAUGUGGGUCGCUGUGCUCAUCAUGUGCCAGCUUUAUCAGAUCGCUGUUCUGGGCAUCACAACAAAUGAGAGAAUGAACGCCAGGCGAUACAAGCACUUUAAAGUUACAGCCACAUCCAUUGAGAGCCCAUUCAAUCACGGCUGUAUGAGGAACCUUAUCAAUUUCUUUGACCUGAGGUGCUGCGGUCUGCUUCGGCCUGUGGCGGUGGACUGGACAUCUCAGUACACAAUAGAUUACGACCAGACGUCCGGCUCGGGAUACCAGCUGGUGUAGCGUGAAGGAGCGAAAGAGAGAGAGAGAAAAGGGGAGAGGUUUUCCUCACAGAGAGACUCCAAACCUCAUCCCGUCAGGAUACGCAUGCUGUUAUCGGUUACCAUCACCACCUGCCCACCGCGACCAGCCCCCCUCCCCCUGCCGUAGACGGCACUGAAGCGCAGGGUUGCGAGGAACAGGAAGAGGAGUUUAAUGACAUCAGAGGCACACAGCGUAUGCAGUUAAACAAACGGAAGUAACUCCUCCGCUGGACAGAAGAAACGGUUUUGGGUUCGCACAUCGAGUGCUUUUCGGUUUUGUUACUUUUAUGUUUGUUUCCUGUGAAUCCUUUUCUGUUGCAUUUUCGUUUUAAGGUCCUGGUACAGCCUGGACAGAAAUUUAUCAGCGCAAGUCUGUGUUUUUAAAGGGUCAGUUCACCCAAAAAUAAACAAAGACUAAAUUACAAAAUUUCUCUUGUGCUCCAUUGCUGUUUAUUUUUGGGUGAAUUGUCUUGAGUUCAUCUCAUCAUGAUUCUUUAUGAUGUUUUGCUACACAGACAUCAUAAAGACCCAUGUUUACAUGACUAGACAGGUGCCCUUUUAAAUAAUGUCAUGUAAACAUAUUUAUUUUAACCUAUUUAUAGAGUAUUUUUCAAAGAGUAAUUAUGGUACCAUGUGGUCAUUUUACGUAUGUUUUAAACGUAUAUGUACAUUUGCAGCAUGUUCAAUAGUUUAGGUAGCUGAAUGUCAUGAAACUGGUCAAGAACAUGUCAGACUAAUAUUUUACCCCCAAAUCAAAAGAAAGAUGUAAUUAUAUUUUGCAAAAAGAAAAUCAAGCCUUUAUACAAAGCUGUUUAAAGCCUAAUUGUAAUUAAUUAAUUAAUCUAGUUGUUACUUCAGUAUUGGGAAUAUUGAAAUAUGCUGAUUUAAAUGACAGGGAUAAGAAUCUUAAGGGAAUCACAUUUUCGAAUAAUCUGAAAUCUUGUUAAAUAUCUCAACAUAAAUACAUAUUCUUGAAGCUUAAUUUUCCUUUUUUUACUAAGGGGUGAAAUAUUAAUCAUGUCAUGCUUUUGACCGAUUAUCUGAGAUUCAGGAUUAAAAAGAAAUAACACACUCAUAUGUGAAACUCUAUAUUUAUUAAAUAUGUGUAGUUUUAGUAUGUGUCUACAUUGUAGUUGGACCUGAUAGUUUGUUUCUUUUGUUUUUGGUGGCAACUUUGUCUCAAACAAUGCACUGAUCUUUUUUCCUCGUUUAUAAAGAAUUGAGCUCAAUUCCCCGCCAACCCUCCAAGGGAUCGUCAGAAUCGAGAGGAAGCUCCUCCUCCUUUUUCUCUCCUGCAUUUCCUCUUCCUGUGUGUGGUGCCGACGGGAUAAACUCAUGUAAAGAAUGUGCAUCUGUACAUAAACCGAUAAGAUUGAUUUUUCGUGAGUGACUUUUCGUUUGUUUUUAUUUUGUCUGUGUUAGUUGAAGCUGCUCCACGUUUCUUUUUUAUCUUACCAAAAAGCGGCGAAAAUAUUGACUAUGAGUUUGUGGCUUUUAGUGACGUCUGCCACUGCUGUGUAUAGACCUCUUUUACCCUGCAAGUCUCCACUGCAUGUGUAAAGGCCGGACCUGUGGCCGUUACCAUAGUGACCACUCCUCCCAUCCCAGAGACAUCUGUAAAUAGUGAAUGUUCAGUAUUUGCAAGUGUAUUUUUUUCUUUUUUUAUCCACUGUGUGUAGCGUUAUUGCGUAUCCCUUGGUCUGCGGAUGCUCUGCAGAUGUAUUAUAUCUGAAUGUUUCCACUCUCAUCCAUUUAUCUGAAGAGUUUUUUUUGUAUGUUUCAUUGCUGGGUUUCUUGUACCCUUGGAUGUACAAAUUGUAAAGCAAGCGGCAGUACAGUAGACACAAGUAACCGUCACGAUGUAACAUGAUGACAUCAGGAGGACGCCACGCAUCAUCACUAAUGGACCUAUGGAGGAGCCCCAUACUGUAAUACCCUAAUUAGGCAUAGUAACCUUUAACCUGGGGAAGAGAAUAUAUGCCUGACACUGUUUUUACAUCAUAUAUACAGUAUCCGCUUUGUUGUUUCAUAUGCCGGCUGUUUCCCCACCAUGUGAAAAGCACAUGCUCAUCUCCAGUGCCUCAGCUGAGAUCAGGACAUCACCUUAACUCUGCUUCACAUGUAAACUUAUUGGGCAUGGUUCAAUUUUAAUGGCUUUAUUAAUAAAACGUUUAAAGGUGAGAGUCCUGUGCAUUAGUUUUCAGUAUAACUGCUAAGAGUUCUGCAAAUUAAUAUGAUUUACAGCUAAUGACUGAAGCCAGCAUGAGAUCAUAAUGGACUGUAUGGGGUGCAUUAUUCCAAAGAAAAAUAUCUUUCAUCAAAAUACAAUACUACUCUCUUCCAGUCACUUUUUAAAAUCA